GUGUACGCUCGCGUGGUGCUGCGCGUCAUGGCUGAUUCAAGGUCAGGCGUGCAGGGCUCCCUGCUGCAGCUACAGGAGUCCUUGUCUGCCGCCGACCGUUGCAGCGCUGCGAUGGCCAGUUAUCGGCUGAUCCGGGAUGUGGGGCAGGAGUGUGUGCUGAACACCGACCCCGCGGUGCUGGCAUUACAGACUUCCUUAGUUUUUUCCAAAGAUUUUGGUUUGCUUGGAUUUGUUCGGAAAUCACUAGGCAUUGAUGAAUUUCGUGAUUGUAGAGAAGAAGUCCUAAAAUUUUUAUGUAUUUUCUUAGAAAAAAUUGGCCAGAGGAUUAUACCUUAUUCUCUUGAUAUUAAGAAUACUUGUACCAGUGUUUACACAAAAGAUAAGACUGCUAAAUGUAAAAUUCCGGCCCUAGACCUUCUUAUUAAGUUACUUCAACUUUUGAGAAGUUCUAGACUUAUGGAUGAAUUUAGAGUUGGAGAAUUAUUUAGCAAAUUCUAUGAAGAGCUUGCAUUGAAAACAAGAAUACCAGAUACAGUUUUAGAAAAAAUAUAUGAGCUUCUAGGAGUAUUAGGGGAAGUUCAUCCUACUGAGAUGAUAAAUAAUUCAGAAAAACUGUUCCGGGCUUUUCUGGGUGAACUUAAGACACAGAUGACAUCAACAGUAAGAGAGCCCAAACUACCUGUUGUGGCAGGAUGUCUAAAGGGAUUGUCAUCACUUAUGUGUAACUUUACUAAAUCCAUGGAAGAAGAUCCCCAGACUUCAAGGGAGAUUUUUGAUUUUGCAUUAAAGGCCAUUCGUCCUCAGAUUGAUCUAAAGAGAUAUGCAGUGCCCUUAGCUGGCUUGUGCUUAUUUACCCUACAUGCAGCUCAAUUUAGCACCUGCCUUUUGGAAAACUACAUUUCUUUAUUUGAAGUACUGUCAAAAUGGUGUAACCAUACAAACAUAGAAUUGAAAAGAGGUGCAAAUUCAGCUCUGGAAUCUUUUCUGAAACAGGUUUCUAUUUUGGUGGCAAAAGAUGCAGAAAUGCAUAAGAGUAAGCUGCAGUACUUUAUGGAGCAAUUCUAUGGAAUCAUCAGGAACAUGGAUUCAAACAGCAAGGAUUUAUCCAUUGCAAUUCGUGGAUAUGGACUUUUUGCGGGACCUUGCAAGGUUAUAAAUGCAAAAGAUGUUGACUUCAUGUAUGUAGAGCUCAUUCAGCGCUGCAAGCAGCUGUUCCUCACCCAGAUGGACACUGUUGAUGACCAUCUUUACCAGAUGCCAAGUUUCCUUCAGUCUAUCGCAAGUGUCUUGCUUUACCUUGAUUCUGUUCCUGAGGUGUAUACUUCAGUUCUGGAACAUCUCAUGGUGGUACAAAUUGACAGUUUCCCACAGUAUAGUCCAAAAAUGCAGUUGGUAUGUUGUAGAUCCAUAGUUAAAGUUUUCCUAGCCUUAGCAGAAAAAGGACCAGUUCUCUGGAAUUGCAUUAGUGCUGUGGUGCAUCAGAGUUUAAUCAGAAUAUGUUCUAAACCAGUGAUACUUCAAAAGGUAACUCUGUCUGAAUCUGAAGACUAUCAUGCAUCAGGGGAAGUUAGAACUGGCAAAUGGAAAAUUCCCACAUACAAAGACUAUUUGGAUCUUUUUAGAAAUCUUCUGAGUUGUGACCAAAUGAUGGAUUCUCUUUUAGCGGAUGAAGCAUUCUUUGUGAAUUCCACCUUUCAAACUCUGAAUCGUUUGCUUUAUGAUGAAUUUGUAAAAUCUAUUUUGAAGAUUGUUGAGAAAUUGGAUCUUACACUAGAAAAACAGAACAUUGGGGAACAAGAGGAUGAAAAUGGAGCUACUGGUGUUUGGGUGAUCCCGACUUCAGAUCCAGCUGCUAAUUUGCAUCCUGUUAAACCCAAAGAUUUUUCAGCCUUCAUUAACCUGGUGGAAUUUUGCAGAGAGAUUCUUCCUGAGAAACAUGUAGAAUUUUUUGAGCCCUGGGUAUACUCAUUUGCAUAUGAAUUAAUUUUGCACUGUACAAGGUUGCCACUCAUUAGUGGUUUCUACAAAUUGCUUUCUAUAGUUGUGAGUAAUGCCAAGAAAAUAAAAUAUUUUGAGGGAGUUUGUUCGAAGAGUCAGAAACAGUCUCCUGAGAACCCAGAAAAGUAUACAUGCUUUGCUUUAUUUGCAAAAUUUGGUAAAGAGGUAUCAGUUAAAAUGAAGCAGUACAAGGAUGAACUUUUGGCCUCCUGUUUGACCUUUAUUCUGUCUCUGCCACAUGACAUCAUUGAACUUGAUGUUAGAGCUUAUGUUCCUGCAUUGCAGAUGGCUUUUCAACUGGGCCUGAGCUAUACUCCUUUGGCAGAAAUAGGCCUGAAUGCCCUAGAGGAGUGGUCAGCUUACAUAAGCAAACAAGUUAUUCAGCCCUAUUAUAAGGACAUUCUACCCAGACUUGAUGGAUAUCUGAAAACUCCAGCUUUAUCAGAUGAGAACAAGAAUAACUGGGAAGUGUCAGCACUUUCUCGGGCUGCCCAAAAAGGAUUUAGUAAAGUUGUGUUAAAGCAUUUGAAAAAGAUAAAGAACAUUUCAUCAAAUGAAGCACUGUCCUUAGAAGAAAUAAGGAUUAGAGUGGUACAAAUGCUUGGUACUCUAGGAGGACAAGUAAACAAAAAUCUUGUAACAGCUGCAUCCUUGGAUGAAAAGAUGAAGAAAUGUGUAGCAUGGGACACAGAAAAAAGACUCAGUUUUGCAGUACCAUUUAUAGAUAUGAAGCCUGUCAUUUAUCUGGAUAUAUUCUUACCUCGGAUCACAGAAUUAGCUCUUUCAGCUAGUGACAGACAAACUAAAGUCGCAGCUUGUGAACUUUUACAUAGCGUGGUUAUGUUUAUGUUGGGAAAAGCCACUCAAAUGCCUGAAAGUGGUCAGGGUUCCCCACCCAUGUACCAACUCUAUAAGCGAACUUUUCCUGUGCUACUUCGACUUGCAUGUGAUGUAGAUCAGGUGACAAGGCAACUAUACGCGCCACUAGUUAUGCAACUGAUUCACUGGUUCACUAACAAUAAGAAAUUUGAAAGUCAGGAUACUGUUGCUUUACUAGAAACGAUAUUGGAUGGAAUUGUGGAUCCCGAUGACAGUACUUUGAGAGAUUUUUGUGGUCGGUGCAUUCGAGAAUUUCUCAAAUGGUCCAUUAAGCAGACAACACCGCAACAGCAGGAAAGAAGUUCCGUAAACACCAAAUCGCUUUUCAAGCGACUAUACAGCUUUGCACUUCAUCCCAAUGCUUUCAAGAGGCUAGGAGCAUCACUUGCUUUUAAUAGUAUCUACAGGGAAUUCAGGGAAGAAGAGUCUCUGGUAGAACAGUUUGUAUUUGAAGCCUUGGUUACAUAUAUGGAAAGUCUGGCCUUAGCACAUACAGAUGAGAAAUCCUUAGGUACAAUUCAACAGUGUUGUGAUACCAUUGAUCACCUAAGGCGUAUCAUUGAAAAAAAGCACGUUUCUUUAAAUGAAGCAAAAAAACGACGUUGGCCACGGGGAUUUCCACCUGCGGCAUCGUUGUGUUUAUUGGAUGUGGUCCAGUGGCUUUUAGCCCAUUGUGGGAGGCCCCAGACAGAAUGUCGACACAAAUCCAUAGAACUCUUUUAUAAAUUUGUUCCUUUAUUGCCAGGCAACAAAUGCCCUUCUUUAUGGCUGAAAGAUAUUAUCAAGAAAGAAGAUACUUCCUUUCUCAUAAACACAUUUGAGGGUGGGGGAGGAGAUUGUGAUCCACCAUCAGGCAUCCUUGCUCAACCAACACUCUGUCAUAUGCAAGGGCCGUUCAGUCUAAGAGCUGCCCUGCAGUGGAUGGACUUGCUUCUGGCAGCUCUGGAGUGUUACAACACAUUCAUUGAAGAGAAAACCUUUGAAGCACCUGAGGUCUUGGGUACUGACACGCAGUCUUUACUUUGGACAGCGGUGGCUUUCUUUUUAGAAAGCAUUGCUAUGCAUGAUAUUAUGGCAGCAGAAAAGUGCUUUGGCACUGGGGCAACAAGUAACAAACCCAGCCCACAAGAGGAAGAAAAAUAUAAUUAUAGCAAAUGCACAAUUGUCGUUCGGAUGAUGGAGUUUACCACAACACUGCUCAGCAUCUAUCCAGAAGGCUGGAAGCAUCUUGAGAAGUAUUUAUGUAACACAAAUCUUAUGAGACUCUUGGUGAAAACCCUUUGUGAGCCCUCGAGCAUAGGUUUCAAUAUUGGUGAUGUUCCCGUUAUGGAUCAUCUUCCUGAUGUUUGUGUGAACCUGAUGAGAGCAUUGAAGAAGUCCCCAUACAAAGACAUCCUAGAGGUGCACCUCAAGGAAAAAAUAACAGCACAGAGCAUUGAGAAGCUCUGUGCUGUUAACCUGUGUGGCCCUGAUGCUUAUGUGGAUAGGGCCGAGCUGGCUUCUAUCGUGUCAGCUUGCAAACAACUUCAUAAAGCUGGUCUUUUGCAUGUUAUAUUACCAUCUCAGUCUGUAGAUCAGCGUCAUUCUAUUGGCACAAAACUUCUUUCCCUGGUUUAUAAAAGCAUUGCACCUGGACAUGAACGACAGUGCCUUCCUUCGCUAGACCCCAGUUGUAAGCGAUUGGCCAGUGGACUUCUGGAGUUGGCCUUUGCUUUUGGAGGACUGUGUGAGUGCCUUGUGAGUCUUCUUCUGGACACAGCAGUGUUGUUCAUGCCAUCCACAGGAGGCUCCCAGAGAAACAUUGUCAGCUUCUGUCAUGGAGAGUAUUUUUAUAGCUUGUUCUCAGAAACAAUCAACACUGAAUUGUUGAAAGAUUUAGAUCUUGCUGUAUUGGAGCUCAUGAAAUCAUCUGUGGAUAAUCCCAAAAUGGUGAGCACCGUUUUGAAUGGUAUGCUAGAUCAGAGCUUCCGAGAUCGGGCCAAUCAGAAACACCAAGGAAUGAAACUUGCGACUACAAUUCUGCAAAACUGGAGGAAGUGUGAUGGGUGGUGGGCCAGAGAUUCUGCUCCUGAAAGUAAAAUGGCAGUGCUGACCUUACUAGGAAAAGUUUUGCAGAUUGAGUCAUCUGUGUCUUUUAAUAUAAAUCACAGUGCAUUCCCUGAAGUCUUUACAACAUAUGCUACUCUACUUGCUGAUUCAAAAUUGGGUCUACAUUUAAAGGGUCAAGCUGUAAUUCUUCUUCCAUUCUUCACCAAUCUUACUGGAAGCAGUCUUGAGAACCUUAAGCAGGUGCUUGAUAAGCUCAUCGUUUCUAAUUUCCCUAUGAAGUCUGAAGAAUUUGCCCCAGGAACUCUGCGGUACAAUAAUUACGUGGAUUGCAUGAAAAAAUUUCUAGAUGCAUUGGAAUUAUCUCAAAGUCCCAUAUUGUUGCAGUUGAUGACAGAAAUUCUUUGUCGGGAACAGCAACAUAUUAUGGAAGAAUUAUUUCAAUCCACUUUCAAAAAGAUUGCCAGAAAGAGCUCUUGUGCCACACAAUUCAGUCUUCUGGAAAGUGUAUACAGAAUGUUCAGGAGGGAUGACCUACUUUCAAAUAUCACACGCCAAGCAUUUGUAGACCGUUCUCUCCUCACUCUUCUGUGGCACUGUAGCCUAGAUGCCUUAAGAGAAUUUUUUAGUAAAAUUGUGGUUGAUGCCAUUGAUGUAUUGAAGUCCAGAUUUAUAAAGCUAAAUGAAUCUACCUUUGAUACUCAAAUCACCAAGAAGAUGGGCUAUUAUAAGAUGAUAGAUGUGAUGUAUUCUCGUCUUCCAAAAGAUGAUGUUCACUCUAAGGAAUCCAAAAUUAAUCAAGUUUUCCAUGGCUCAUGUAUUACAGAAGGAAGUGAACUUACAAAAACACUUAUUAAAUUGUGCUAUGAUGCGUUUACAGAGAACAUGGCUGGUGAGAAUCAGUUGCUGGAGAGGAGAAGACUUUACCAUUGUGCUGCAUACAAUUGUGCCAUUUCUGUUAUCUGCUGUGUUUUCAACGAAUUAAAAUUUUACCAAGGUUUUCUGUUUAGUGAAAAACCAGAAAAGAACUUGCUUAUCUUUGAAAAUCUGAUAGACCUGAAGCGCUGCUAUACAUUUCCUGUAGAAGUUGAGGUUCCUAUGGAAAGAAAGAAAAAAUAUAUUGAAAUUAGGAAAGAAGCCAGGGAAGCAGCAAAUGGAGAUUCAGGUGGUCCUCAUUAUAUAUCUUCCUUGUCAUAUUUGGCAGACAGUAGCCUGAGUGAGGAAAUGAGUCAAUUUGAUUUCUCAACUGGAGUUCAGAGCUAUUCAUACCAAGACCCUAAAUCUACCACUGGUCGACUUCGAAGACAGGAGCAUAAAGACCCCGUGAUUCAAGAUGAUAUCCUGGAGUUAGAGAUGGAUGAACUCAAUCAACACGAAUGUAUGGCAACCAUGACAGCCCUUAUUAAACACAUGCAGAGAAAUCAGAUUCUACCUAAAGGAGAAGAGGGUUCAGUGCCAAGAAAUCUUCCUCCGUGGAUGAAAUUUCUUCAUGACAAACUAGGAAAUUCAUCGGUAUCAUUAAAUAUUCGUCUCUUCUUAGCAAAACUUGUUAUUAAUACAGAAGAAGUCUUUCGUCCUUAUGCGAAGCACUGGCUUAGCCCCUUGCUGCAACUGAUUGUUUCUGAAAACAAUGGAGGAGAAGGAAUUCACUAUAUGGUGGUUGAGAUAGUGGUUACUGUUCUUUCAUGGACAGGAUUAGCUACUCCUAUAGGUAUUCCUAAAGAUGAAGUGUUAGCAAAUCGACUGCUUCAUUUCCUAAUGAAGCAUGUUUUUCAUCAAAGAAGAGCUGUGUUUAGUCACAAUCUUGAAAUUAUAAAAACCCUUGUUGAAUGCUGGAAGGAUUGUUUAUCCAUCCCUUACAGAUUAAUAUUCGAAAAGUUUUCCAGUAAAGAUCCUAAUUCUAAAGACAAUUCAGUAGGAAUUCAAUUAUUAGGCAUUGUAAUGGCCAAUAACUUUCCUCCCUAUGACCCGAAAUGUGGCAUAGAGAGUAUAAAAUAUUUUCAAGCUUUGGUCAAUAAUAUGUCCUUUGCAAAGUAUAAAGAGGUAUAUGCAGCAGCGGCAGAAGUUCUGGGACUUAUUCUUCGAUACAUUACUGAGAAAAAAAAUAUACUGGAGGAACCUGUAUGUGAACUGAUUGUAAAACAGCUGAAGCAACAUCAGAAUACAAUGGAGGACAAAUUUAUCGUGUGCUUGAAUAAAGUUGUGAAGAACUUCCCUCCUCUUGCCGAUAGGUUUAUGAACACUGUGUUUUUCCUGCUGCCAAAAUUUCAUGGUGUGAUGAAGACACUCUGUCUGGAAGUGGUGCUGUGUCGUUCAGAGGAAAUAACAGAUCUGUAUUUACAGUUAAAGAGUAAGGAUUUCAUUCAAAUCAUGAAACAUAGAGAUGAUGAAAGACAGAAAGUGUGUUUGGACAUAAUUUAUAAGAUGGUGGCAAAAUUGAAACCAGUAGAACUCCUAGAACUUCUGAAUCCUGUUAUAGAAUUCAUUUCUCAUCCUUCUCCAGUGUGUAGGGAACAAAUGUAUAAUAUUCUUAUGUGGAUUCAUGAUAAUUACCGAGAUCCUGAAAGUCAAGCAGAUGAUGGCUCCCAGGAAAUAUUUAAGUUGGCAAAAGAUGUGUUGAUUCAAGGACUGAUUGAUGAGAACCUUGGGCUUCAAUUAAUUAUUCGGAAUUUCUGGAGCCAUGAAACUAGGUUACCUUCAAAUACUUUGGACCGAUUGUUGGCACUAAAUUCCUUAUAUUCUCCUAAGAUAGAAAUGCACUUUUUAAGUCUAGCAACAGAUUUUCUGCUUGAAAUGACCAGCAUGAGUCCAGAUUAUCUAAACCCUGUGUUUGAGCAUCCUCUGUCAGAAUGUGAAUUUCAGGAAUAUACUAUUGAUUCUGACUGGCGUUUGCGAAGUACUGUUCUCACUCCAAUGUUUAUUGAGACUCAGGCUUCCCAAGGUGCUCACCAGACCUGGACCCAGGAAGGAUUCCUCUCAGCUCGAGGGACAAUGGUGAAGCAAAUACGGGCCACCCAACAGCAGUAUGAUUUCACACCUACACAAAACACAGAUGGAAGAAACUCCUUUAAUUGGCUUACUGGGAGCAGUAUUGACCCACUGGUGGAUUAUAUGGUCUCCUCAUCAUCUGAUUCCUUGUCUUCCUCCUUACUGUUUGCCCACAAGAGGAGUGAAACAUCACAGAGAGCACCCUUGAAAUCAGUCGGACCUGAUUUUGGGAGAAAAAGCCUGGGCCGACCAGGGGACAAGGUGGAUAACAAAGCAAAAGGUACAGACAAUCGGACAGAAAUAUUAAGAUUACGCAGACGAUUUUUAAAGGACCAAGAAAAGCUCAGUUUGAUUUAUGCGAAAAAAGGUGUUGUUGAACAAAAACGAGAGAAGGAGAUCAAGAGUGAGUUAAAAAUGAAGCACGAUGCCCAAGUCAUUUUGUACAGAAGUUACCGUCAAGGAGACCUUCCCGACAUUCAGAUUAGAUACAGCAGUCUGAUCACCCCCUUGCAAGCUGUGGCCCAGAGAGACCCAAUAAUUGCAAAGCAGCUUUUUGGCAGCUUAUUUUCUGGAAUUAUAAAAGAGAUGGAUAAAUAUAAGACUAUGUCUGAAAAAAACAACAUUGUUCAAAAGUUGCUCCAGGACUUCAAUCGUUUUCUUAACACCACUGUCUCUUUCUUUCCACCUUUUAUCUCUUGUAUCCAGGAAAUCAGUUGCCGGCACACAGACUUGCUGAGCCUUGAUCCAGCCUCUGUCAGUGCUGGCUGCCUGGCCAGUCUGCAGCAGCCCAUAGGUAUCCACCUUCUUGAGGAGGCCCUGCUCCACCUGGUGCCUAAAGAACCACCUGCCAAACGAGUUCGGGGGAGACCCUGCCUCCCUCCUGAUGUCCUCAGAUGGAUGGAACUUGCUAAACUAUAUAGAUCAAUUGGAGAAUAUGAUGUCCUCCGUGGCAUUUUUAGCAGUGAGAUAGGAACAAAGCAAUUCACUCAGAAUGCAUUAUUAGAAGAAGCCAGAGGUGAUUAUUCUGAAGCCGCUAAGCAGUAUAAUGAGGCUCUCAAUAAACAAGUAUGGGUGGAUGGUGCACCUACAGAAGCCGAGAAGGAUUUUUGGGGACUUGCAUCCCUUGACUGUUAUAACCAACUUGCUGAGUGGAAAUCACUGGCGUACUGUUCUACAGUCAGUGUUGACAGUAAGAACCCUCCAGACCUAAAUAAAAUGUGGAGUGAACCAUUUUAUCAGGAGACCUAUCUACCUUACAUGAUCCGCAGCAAGCUGAAGUUACUUCUUCAAGGAGAGGAUGACCAGUCCCUUCUGACAUUUAUUGAUGAGGCUGUGAACAAGGAGCUCCAGAAGGCUAUCAUAGAGCUUCAUUAUAGUCAGGAAUUGAGCCUUCUUUACAUCUUACAAAAUGAUGUUGAGAGAGCCAAAUAUUAUAUUGAAAAUUGCAUUCAGAUUUUUAUACAGAACUAUUCUAGUAUUGAUGUGCUUUUACACAGAAGUAGACUCACCAAAUUGCAGUCUGUACAAACUUUAAUAGAAAUUCAGGAGUUCAUCAGCUUUAUAAAUAAACAAGUUCCCCUUAAGCGACUUCUGAAAACCUGGACAAACAGAUAUCCGGAUGCUAAAAUGGACCCAAUGAACAUCUGGGAUGACAUCAUCACAAAUCGAUGUUUCUUUCUUAGUAAAAUAGAAGAGAAACUUACUCUUCUUCCAGAUGAUUAUAGUAUGAACAUGGAUGGAGAUGGAGAUUCCAAUGACAGGAUGGAAGUACAGGAGCAGGAAGAAAAUAUUUGUUCUCUGGUUAAGAGCUGUAAGUUUUCCAUGAAAAUGAAGAUGAUAGAGAGUGCAAGAAAGCAGAAUAGUUUCUCACUUGCCAUGAAACUACUGAAGGAGCUGCAUAAAGAGUCAAAAACAAGAGGUGAUUGGCAGGUAAAAUGGGUGCAGAGCUACUGUCGACUCAGCCACAGCCGGUGCCAGACCCAGAAUCGUCCAGAGCAGAUUCUUACUGUGUUGAAAACAGUCUCUUUAUUGGGUGAGAACACAUCAAGCUACUUAAGCAAAAAUAUUCUGGCUUUCCGUGAUCAGAACAUUCUUUUGGGUACAACUUACAAGAUCAUAGCUAAUGCUCUCAACAGUCAGCCAACCUGCCUUGCUGAAAUCGAGGAAAGCAAGGCUAGAAGAAUCUUGGAGCUUUCUGGAGCCACUUCAGAGAAUACAGAAAAGGUUAUCACUGGGCUGAACCAGAGAGCAUUCCAUUACUUUACCGAGGCCGUGCGGACAGCUGAGGAGGAGGCUUGGCCUUCCACCGGGGGCCAGCAGCCUGCAACUGGAGUAAUAAAUGCUUAUAUGACACUGGUGGAUUUCUGUGACCAACAGCUCCGCAAGGAAGAAGAGACUUCAUCAGUUAUUGAAUCCUUAGAACUACAGACAUACGCAGUCCUUGUGGUGGAUAAAAUGUUGAAAGCUUUAAAAUUACAUUCCAAUGAAGCCAGGCUGAAGUUUCCCAGACUACUGCAGAUUAUAGAGCAGUAUCCAGAGGAGACCCUGAGUCUAAUGACAAAAGAGAUUUUUUCCAUUCCUUGCUGGCAGUUCAUUGGCUGGAUCAGCCACCUGGUGGCCUUACUGGACAAGGAUGAAGCUGUCGCCAUCCAGCACACUGUGGAAGAGAUUGCUAACAACUACCCACAGGCGAUUGUCUACCCAUUCAUAAUAAGCAGUGAAAGCUAUUCCUUCAAAGAUACUUCUGCUGGUCAUAAGAAUAAGGAGUUUGUGGCAAGGAUUAAAAUUAAGUUGGAUCAAGGAGGAGUGAUUCAAGAUUUUAUUAAUGCCCUAGAACAACUCUCAAAUCCUGAAAUGCUCUUUAAGGACUGGACUGAUGACAUCAAGAUUGAAUUAGCAAAAAAACCUGUAAAUAAAAAAAACAUUGAAAAGAUGUAUGAAAGAAUGUAUGCAGCCUUGGGAGACCCAAAGGCUCCAGGCCUUGGGGCUUUUAGAAGGAAGUUUAUUCAGGCUUUUGGAAAAGAAUUUGAUAAACACUUUGGGAGAGGAGGUUCUAAGCUACCUGGAAUGAAGCUCUGUGACUUCAAUGACAUUGCCAACUCAUUACUUUUAAAAAUGUGCAAAGAUUCAAAGCCACCUGGGAAUCUGAAAGAAUGCUCACCCUGGAUGAGUGACUUCAGAAUAGAAUUCUUGAGAAAUGAGCUGGAGAUUCCUGGUCAGUAUGAUGGCAAAGGAAAGCCAGUGCCAGAAUACCAUGCACGAAUCGCUGGAUUUGAUGAGCGGAUAAAAAUAAUGGCUUCUAUCCGAAAACCAAAGCGUAUCAUCAUCCGAGGCCAUGAUGAGAGAGAAUAUCCUUUCCUUGUGAAGGGGGGUGAAGAUUUGCGGCAGGACCAACGCAUUGAGCAGCUCUUCGAGGUCAUGAAUGUCCUUCUUUCCCGAGAUGCCGCCUGUAGUCAGAGAAACAUGCAGUUAAAGACAUACCACGUAAUACCCAUGACCUCCAGAUUAGGAUUAAUUGAAUGGAUUGAAAAUACUCUUACCUUAAAGGAACUUCUUUUGAGUAACAUGUCACAAGAGGAGAAAGCAGCUUACCUAAGUAAUCCUAAAGCACCACUGUUUGAAUAUAGAGACUGGCUGACAAAGAUGUCUGGAAAGUAUGGUGUUGGUGCUUACAUGCUAAUGUAUAAGGGAGCUAGUCGUACUGAAACAGUCACAUCUUUCAGAAAAAGAGAAAGUGAAGUGCCAGCUGGUCUCUUAAAGCGGGCCUUUCUGAAGAUGAGCAUGGGCCCUGAGGCCUUUCUGGCACUCCGCACCCACUUUGCUAGCUCUCAUGCUCUGAUGUGCAUUAGCCACUGGAUUCUCGGUAUCGGAGACAGACAUCUGAACAACUUCAUGAUAAGCAUGGACACAGGCGGAAUGAUCGGAAUUGACUUUGGACAUGCAUUUGGAUCAGCUACUCAGUUUCUGCCAGUCCCUGAGUUGAUGCCUUUUCGUCUAACUCGCCAAUUUAUCAAUCUGAUGUUACCAAUGAAAGAAACAGGUGUUAUUUACAGUGUCAUGGUGCAUGCACUGAGAGCCUUCCGCUCAUACCCUGACCUGCUUACUACCACCAUGGACAUAUUUGUAAAGGAACCUUCCUUCGACUGGAAAAAUUUUGAACAGAAAAUGCUGAAAAAAGGGGGAUCAUGGAUUCAAGAAAUAAAUGUAACCGAAAAAAAUUGGUAUCCCCGGCAGAAAAUACAUUAUGCUAAGAGAAAGUUAGCAGGUGCCAAUCCAGCAGUUAUUACUUGUGAUGAGUUAUUUCUGGGCCAUGAAAAGGUACUUGCCUUUGAAGAUUAUAUGGCUGUAGCACGAGGAAACAAAGAUCACAACAUUCGUGCCCAAGAACCAGAGAGUGGACUUUCAGAAGAGGCUCAAGUGAAGUGCUUGAUUGACCAAGCAACAGACCCUAACAUCCUUGGCAGGACUUGGGAAGGAUGGGAGCCCUGGAUGUGAGAUCCGUGGAAGUCAGAAGAUAAAAAACGUGAAAGUGUUCAACGAAUCUCUUAAAUUUUCAAUGAGUUGAUUUUCCUGAAGCAUUAAAGAGAGUCUAUUUAGUGAUACAAUCUUCUAGCAGAAGUUUAAUCAAUAUCGUGAUGAAUAAGUGUAUAUUGAUAUGAAUGAAUGAUUAGGUUGUAAUCAGAGAUUAACUUAGGGUUAUAAUAGAAUUUUAAUAGAAAAAAAUAUAUCCAGGCUUAUACAGCUAUAAAGAUUAGGUAAACCAGCUAUCUUAAUAAAUGUUAUAAAUGUGAACAUUCCACUCCGUGUCCUCAUUGGUAAUCAUGGCACAUUGGAAAUAACACCCAGACUUCAUCACUAAGACUUUGUGAGAAUAAAGCCAAUAGCCUAACUGAUAUGUUGUUACAUUAUAUUAGUACAGGAAUAAUAACAACAGGUAAAACUAUGAUUAUGGCUUAUUAUAUUUAGAAAUGAUUGCAUUUGAUAUUUUACGAUAUUUUUGUAGGUUUUUUUCUUUCAUUGUAUUCUCUUCUAGUAUUAACAUUUUAUGAUAGAACUGUUCUCCAGAAGAAAAACUAUUUAGGAGAGAUUUUUAAAAAACUUGGUCUUAGCACUCACUUUUGCCACUCUGAUCCACAAAAGAAGAUAGAUAGAGUCAGGAUAACUUCACAAAUUCCAGGUAUAAUAUAGGGAUAACACUAAGCGUUUCAAUUCUAGGAAAAUCAAAUAAAUCCCUAUUUGAAAUGAAUCCCUCAUUUGAAGAAAAGAGAUGCAUUCUAAAACAGCAAGAUCAAAUUACAAAGUGUAAAUAUGCCCUUCCUUUAAUUCUCCACACACCUGGAACGUUUUUCAGGUUGGCUUUGAAUUUUUUAUUACUGUUUUCUUCAAACACUUAUAUUUGGAAACUUUUGUGUGAUUUUGAGAAAGAAUAAUCUUAAGAAUAUAGAGCAUUAAAGUUUUUUUCCCCACAAAAUAGUGUAUAGCUCUUAUGCAGUUUCAAAAGCAAAAUGUUCAUCUUAUAUUUUGUUAUAUUACUUGGCAAAUUUAUUCAUUAUAGGUUGAAUGCAUUAUGACAUUAAAAAUAAACCUUGAUGUUCUCAACAAAUGGUAUCUAUUCAACCAAAGAAAUUUCAUCUUUAAAGAAAAAUAAGUGAUCAUAUAUGUGAAAACCAAUAUACACAAGUUUUGUGUUUUUUUCUACAGCAUAAAAACAACCAAACAAGCCUACUUUGCAACAACUACUUUUCAUAUCAGUAAAAGUUCAUUAUUACCAUAUGACUGUGUAUGAGUCCGAUUUCAAAGCUGUUGGCUUGAAAAUUCCAUCAGAACCUAUGAGAGUGCAAUAAAAAGAAAGUUACAGUAUACAGCAUUCAUAAGAUAUUUGCACAAUUAAUCAGGAUGGUAAAUGUCCUUAUUACACACUUAGGGACUGCAUAUCUGAAUCAUACCUAUAGUCCAAACUUCAACUCUGUGAUACUUGCUGAGAAAAAGAUAUUUGAUUUGGCUCAUAGAGGACAGAAGGAUGGUUACCAGAGGGGAAGGGUUGAGGUGACGAUGAAGACGGUAAGGGGGGUCAAAUAUAUGGUGACAGACUAGAGUUUGGGUGGUAAGCACACAAUGCAGU